AUGCCGUUUCCUCGCCCUUUGAGGACGCCGAUAUCCCAAUUCCUCCUUGACAAUUCUCACUUUCACCAAAACACCCUGCCUCACGAGUACAUCUCCUUUCCUACCUUCAACGUCCACAGCUACGGACAUAGACGCAGACAUAGAUAUGACAUUGGCUAUGGAUACACGCAGAGGACAGCCUUCUCAACAACGCGACCUCAAUAUUUCGCCUCGUCCCGAGAACCAACCCUCUACGAAGUCCUCGAUGUCCCCGUAACAGCCACACCAGCCGAGAUCAAGAAGAAUUUCUACGCCCUCUCCCUCGCCCACCACCCCGACCGCAACCCCAAUGACCCCAGCGCCUCCGGCCGCUUCGCAAAGAUCUCCUCCGCCUACCAAACCCUCAGCAACAGCACGAAACGCGCGACCUACGACCGCGACCACGGAAUACACUCGUACUCCUCACAGUCCACGCAUUCCACCGCAACACCAGGCCAACAUCCCAUGGGCAGCCACAGCAGCCACGGCGCAUCAUACUUCGGGUCGCGGCCGGCAAGCGGGUUAAGUAAACGGCGGGGUCCGUUCAGGGGCCCCCCGCCGAGCUUCUACGCGCACGGCGGGUACGGCAAUAACAAAGGGAGACGGGCGCCGUCGGGGGCAGGGGGUUACUAUUCGUCUGGUGGUUCGGCCGGUGCUGCGGGCGGCGCCGGCGCGAAAGAAGAUGAUCCGACUGGGUUCAUUGACCGUAAUAACGUUUUGCAUUUCAAUGCGCGCGGGCAUUAUCGAACGCAGACGGCGGAGGAUGCGCGGAGACAGGAGAGGCGGUCCAGGACCCAUGCGGAUAUUAAUGAGCAGUAUAUAGGCAGUCGCGGCGACUUUGCUUUGCGGUUUAUUGCAGUUUCAAGUAUAUUGGUAGGUGCGGGCGUAAUAACGGGGUUCCUCCGAUGGCCGAGCAGCACCAGCAAUGAGAAGUCGCACAAAACGAAGUAUUCAAGAGUGAAGGACGGCUGA